AUGCAUGUGGAACUCUUAUCUAGGGUAACAUUGAACACUACCAACAACGUUCCUCAUUUUGGGUUUUCUCAGUGAGCUUGCGUAUAGUGCCAUUUGGAAAGAAGGUCUUCCUCACAAGAUGUUGUGCUCUUUCCUUCUAGUAGUUACAAUGGCUUUGAUAUUCUUAUCUACAUGGACUAAACUAGUCCUAAUCUUUAUUUUUGCCUUUUAGAUUUUAGAUUUGCUCCCCAAUAUAGUAUUGUGCCUUCAGCACCCUUACAGUGUAGUGCGACACUUGGCAGCCAGGUGCCUGGGUGUGCUGUGCUCUGUGUCCACCGAAGAUACCAUAAAGACAGUGGUAAAGGAUAUCUUACCUUUGAUGGGCACUGCUGAUGUUAUCAGGAACCGUCAAGGAGCUAUAGAAGCUAUACCUUGUAUCCUUAAAAAGCUGACAACAAUUGUUAUGCUCGAGAAAGUUAUUGUAGUGCACCAAAACUAAUGCAGAAAUGACGUUUCCGUCUAAAUUUAGCGUAUAUUGGCUGUGUACAGAUGUGGUAUGAAUGAUUCAAUUAAAGAAAAAUUUCAGGUCGGAGGAUUUUUGGUCGUGUCACAAUAAGAUUUACCAGUUUUUCCCCCCCCCACCCCCUUAGCUUUGUAGUAUUCUUAUUACUCCCCCCCCUUCAUUGGCAGUUAAUUUUCCAUAGUCCCCUAUAGACUGAUCCUCCCUCAAUUUCCCCAGAAAACCGAGUGAUCCCUCCUAAAAUCCUCCCCCUUCCCCACGCCCCCGACGAUAAAUAGUGACUGGUCCAUUUCUGCUCGCCAUUUUGGAGUAGAGUUUAUUUUCGCUGUGUUUUCACUAUACACACGCAUGUUGGUAUCCUUAACUGGUUGCUUUACAUUAGGUGUAAUUGAUCGGCUCGGAAUGGGUGCGGUGCCUUACGUUGUUCUCCUGGUGGUGCCUGUGCUCGGACGGAUGAGUGAUCAGUGCGAAGAUGUUUAUGGCCACAUACUGUUUUGCCACACUUUAGGUAUUUAGGCUAACUUGUAGUUUGAGUAGUUUUAAGUCUUUCAUUUUGACAAUGACUGAGCGCAUUACCAUGCUAUAAUUUACACAGCUCGCUAUUGUGUGCCUUGUCUUUUAUUUUGUCGGAAUAUACCCUGUCCAUCUAAGCGAGAGGUUUGACAGAAAUGUCAUUGUUUAAUGCCAUGGUUUAAUGGUCCGUGCACCUCAUCGUUGUUGUAAUGUUCUUGGUUGGAUGACACCUCUAAUGGGAACGGAGGUAAAAGAACAAAGAGGACAUAUAUCUCACAACUUGAGAUUUUUAUGUGAUUCGUACUGAAGGGUUCGUAAUUUUAUUUCGACGGAGCUAGGAUAGAAAGACAUGCAGUCCUAAACUGGAACCCUUUGACUAUUUUAUUAGUUCCUUAAGUCUAUAUUCGUUUUCCCUAAUUUUCAACUGUUGUUUUCUGUAGUCUGGUAUUCCUGACCCGCCCCGCAUGUCCAAAGCUAUGGUGGAGCAAAAACAGAAGGAACGAAAAUUUCUGGAGCAACUUUUGGACGGUAAAAAGGUGGAGAAUUACACUAUUCCUGUUCCUAUCAAAGCUGAGCUGAGAAAAUAUCAACAGGUAGGGUGCUCAAAGAAAACAGCGAACACGAAGCCUUUAUUCAUGUUGGAAUUAUAAACUUGUGAUCUGUAUUUGAAAUGACAUAUUGAACGGUGUGCGACGAGGGUAGCUUGUCUCCUAUCGAAGGUAGCACACAGUCUGCCGAAGCUCACUAUCAUUUACAGAUUUGAAGGGUGAGGGCACAGUUGGCAUAAAGUGCAAUUUAAACUGCAGCAUUUAGAAAACGUAACUAUUUGAUUUCAUUAAAGUCGAGAAAAGUCUCCCAAAACUCAGUGUUGUCGGGUAUCUUGUUGGGAAUGCUCAUAUGUUUUUUCAGUGUGAAGAAUAAUGGGCAUUGCUAGUGUCAUCUGUUUGAGUUUCUUCUACUUUGUUCAUAUUUAGGAUGGUGUCAACUGGCUGGCCUUUCUCAACCGUUACAAGCUGCAUGGUAUUCUAUGCGAUGGUAUCCUUCGUUACUUUUCCUUUUAAAACUUCGGCCCAAAUUAUUCGCGUACAUAAUUGACUCAUUUUCAUGUCACUAUAAAUUGCGUUCCAAGACCUCUUAAUGAUUGCAGGGUGCUGGAGGAGUUGAGUAAAGAACAGCACAGUUGAGUUCAGUUAAAUUCGAUAAAUCGGAAUAGCUCCGUCUGUUUUUUGGAUUCGAUUUGUAUCUUAACAGUGAGAUCAGACAUGGGACUUGGUAAAACUCUUCAGUCUAUUUGUAUCAUAGCAGGUGAUCACCAUGAAAAAGCUACAGUAUACAAGGUACAGUAUUCGACUCCCAGGCAACGGAUCCAGUCUGGAUAAAGAUUGAAGUUGUUUUUUCCUUCUGGUUUCCUUAUUAGGGAGUGACAAGAGAUUAUCUUUAUUCUGGCAAAAUGUAGCAAUAACCAAGUCAAAUAGUUCUGCUCUAGGUUGAUUUUGCAAAUGAUCAGGAAUUCCAAAAAAAAAAAGAGAAACAAAACAAAACAGAGGAAAGAAUACUGUACUGAAAUGUUCGUUCCAUGUUUGCCGUGAUUAUUCAGAUAAAGUCCUCUACGUUCUCUUACGGUUUAACGUUACCAUAUGAUGGCCACUUUCUGCUGCCAAACUUCUGGUCUUUUUUCUUUUUGAGGUGAUGAGUCCCAUUAGGCGCACGUAGUAAUUUAAACUAUUCGCGCAUAGCAAUGGGUCCACAGGGCGUGAAAUUGCGCCUAAUACAGGCGCCAAUGCGCCUAAAUUUUUCACUUUGGCGACCAAAUCCUGAAAGUUAGUCGCCAAAUUGGCGACUAGAACGUUUCAUCAUAACCUUACCAAGAGAUAUAGUGAAUUAAAAAGAUUUGAAAAGAUAAAACCGCGGCAAACAUCCUCGUUAAGUUUGUUUCCAAAACGUAGCACAUGCAUCUCGAUCGAUAACUAGACGCCAUCUUGGAUUUAGAUGAGCCUGAACGUUGUAUAUAAUAUCAUCUAUCCUAGUGUCCACUUUGUAGCGCGUUAAAGAUCUUUCCCCUAACUUAAUUUUGGAUGGUCUAUCUAGAACGCUGACAGCGUAAAGAAAGAUUUUGUUUGUCUUUGAAAAUGGCGACCGACUUUUUUUGAAUUGGCUACCACUUUGAAGAAUUUAGGAGCCAAGUGGCUAUCAGAAAAAAAAGUUAAUUUCACGCCCUGGUCCAGUGUUAAAUCGAAUUCAAAUCAGUAACUACAUCGCGGGACAAACGAGUGAAUUUCAAUCGUGUGAAUCACAGUUUGGACAUUUCUCUCUUUUUUCUGCACCGAAUAGGAGACGGGUAAUAGUGAUUGCAAACCUUUGCCUUCUCUCGUGAUUUGCCCACCAACACUAACAGGACAUUGGGUGUACGAGGUGGAGAAGUUUGUUAACAAAGAUUUCCUUAAACCAUUGCACUAUACAGGCCCGCCGUCUGAGAGACAGAGGUUAGUCCUGGGACUCUGUUUGGUGUUCGCUGACGGUGUGCAUUGCUUUCUAAGAAGUACAGGAAGUUGUUUGGUGUGUGCACAAAUACAAGUAUAGUUGAAAAUUCUGAGCGAGUAGUUUGAGGGGAAAUUGAAUAGUUACAUUCGUUACUCUACGUAGAGGAAUAACUAGACCAGUUCUUGAACUGUUAGGAAAAGUGAUGCCUGUAGCAACCCGCGGCUAUGAUUAUUGUCCAAUUCUUAUUUAAAGUCAAUUAGAAUUUGUUCCCCUUUACUCGGCCACUGAAAGCGAGAGACAGGUUCAACAGGAACUUACCGAUCAAACUACACCCAUAGAACCUCAACAUUCGACCAAUGAAAAUAAUUUUUUCUUCUUUUCUCUUCUUAGACUUCGUAACAAGGUCAAAAAUCACAGUUUAGUCGUGGCAUCGUACGAUAUUGUAAGAAACGAUGGUGAAUUCUUCAGGUAAGGAGAGUUACCGAAGGGUAAAUGAAAUUACACAUUCUUAAGGCGCAGCAGUUAUUACAACGGAAUGUCUCGUUUGUUUCGUCCUAACAGAUCAGUGCACUGGAACUACUGUGUCCUUGACGAGGGCCACAUUAUAAAGAAUGGAAAAACAAAGGUAGGUUACGUCUUGGUGUUUCCCUAGAGAGCAAACGUUGAGGAGACCUGACAGGAAAAAAAAAACUGGUCGAGGUGAAGAUAUCGUUUAUUUGGCAUUCUCUAUAUGUUAUCUCUCUGACAGAACUUAAACAGGUUUUCUUUUUAUCAUUGAAGUUUCAUUGAUGGUUGUUGCUUGAGAAUGAUUUGGAAAGGUCUGAAUGGAACGGUAGCGAUGUAGUCCAGUAUUCAAAUUAAAGGCGGAUGGUAAGAAGUUCCUACAAGUAUCAGCCCUUUUGAGCAGUUAGGACGGAAUCGUAAACAAGCUCUUUGUGAUGCAUCGUCAUUGAUGUCGACAUUGGUCGUGGUGGGCGGCUUAAGUUCCAGUUUUUCAAUUUGAUUUUUUUUUGUCUUUCCUUCUAGCUUGCUAAAGUCAUUAAGCAGCUACGAGCCAGUCAUCGACUUAUACUCUCGGGAACACCAAUCCAAGUACGAAUUGAGGGGCUUUUAUUAAGCAAAUGAAGCUAUGCGAUUUGAAUAUGGGAAGAUGACUAGUCAAUGCUCCAACAGUUGUUCCACAUGUAGAUCCUAAAGUCCUCUUCGUUUACAAACAAAGAAGUGGAUAAAUGUUUUCCUCUGCCUCGUAUACUGUUAGGAAAUGUCAGCAGCUUCUGUCGAACAGCAAAACGUUGUUCAUGUUUCUGAAAUAUUCUACGUCACAACAUUAAAAAUUGAGACAAUUGAGACAUUGCUCGUUCUAAUGUGUCGUUCAUUUUUGCUUCAUUCUCGCCAUACUCCUUUGUUAUGAGUUAUCUUUCCGUAUAGUAGCGUAAUUUUGUAGUUUUUUGUAUUGCUUUACUUCGUUCAGUCUUGUAAAGAUUUGAUACGCUGCUUUCCGUUGACAUGCUUAUGUUUUAUUUUCAGAAUAAUGUCCUGGAGCUGUGGUCAUUGUUUGAUUUCUUAAUGCCUGGUUUUCUCGGAAGUGAAAAGCAGUUUUAGUCUCGGUUUGGUAAACCAAUUCUACAGAGUAGAGACGCAAAAUCGUCCUCUGAGGAACAAGAAGCUGGUGAGUGUCCGUGAAUUGAGUACUAAGUAGCUAACACAAAGCCUGCGUGGCUUUUGGUCCGUGAUGAAAAAUAAGGCAGUAGAAACAUUUAAAUGAACGUCAGAGCUCCAAUCCUCUUUCCGCCACUCAAGAGUUCCACGAAGCCGCUAGUUACAUGUGUUAGCCACUUCAGCAGCCUAAAAUUCGGCUUAACGUUUGUUGAACAAAAAGGACAAUAGAUGUUGUGCCCCACCAGAAAAAAAGUGAAACCGGCUCCUGCAAGACGCUCUCGCUUUUCAGCUAUCAUAGAAAAUGUUGGAUGGUUUUACCCUUGAUUUUUCGCCGGCUUCACCCUUUUUAUUCCAAAGACCACGCCCUAAAGAAAGCGAGUUGUCCCUCCUCGGUAACGAUUUGGUAAAUAAGUAGAAAAUGGAAGGUCCUCUAGGAGUAGACUGUUCGCCUUUCAGUAAGAUUUCAUGGCGUUGUGGAUCAUAAAUGAGGUGAUACCGUGGUCUGUAUUGACACAUGUGUCCCAUUCUUAGGGGCCUUGGCUAUGGAGGCCCUUCAUCGUCAGGUUUUACCAUUCCUAUUGAGGCGCCUGAAAGAAGAUGUACUGCAAGAUCUUCCACCUAAGAUCAUUCAAGAUUACUACUGUGAACUGAGUCCGCUACAGGUCAGUCUGUUGUUAUGGCCAACAAUCAAAGUGCGCACUGGGGCGAUGUAUAAUAGUUUUCGACAAUACUUGAUAAUUGUCGACAGGAUAUGAAUAUUCAAGCAGCUGUGCGAAAGUUUCAAGGAUCUCCACCUUGUAUUUAGUGGUAUUUUUUGGGAGAAUUUCCGAAAAUUGCCCUCCAGAUCGUUCCUCUCACUCAAGAAAAUUUUUUUUUCGUUUUACAGGUUCAGUUAUAUGAAGACUUCGCCAAGUCUCAGGUCAAGAAAGGUUUGGAGGAAACAGUUUCUCACAUCGAUGAAGAAAACAAAAACGAGAAAGCAAGCAAAGAUAAUCCUCACGUUUUCCAGGUUAGUAUUGAUUUCAUUCUUACUGCCAUACAACGUUUAUUUUAUUCGUUUAAUUGAGAAUUUGAUCAUGGACACUAGUCUGUCCUCAGUGCUUACCACAAAUAACCUUAUGCAGUAUGAAUAUUCAUUCAAUCUGACAUGUAAAUAAUUCCCAGGCUCUUCAGUACCUGCGCAAGCUAUGCAACCACCCGCUUUUGGUGCUCACUGCCAAUCAUCCAGAAUACACCAAAGUUAUGGACCAAUUACAUCAACAACAUGUCUCCAUCCGGGAUAUUCAGCAUGCCGCCAAACUUGUUGCUCUCAAGUAAGUCAGGUUAUUUGUUAGUGUAACUUCAAGGCAUUGUGCGGUUACCAUAACAAUUAUAUUUUAACGGAUUGCUUACGGAUAGACUUUGAACUUUUGCAAGUACUCUUUUUAGACUGGCACGCCUAGAGUACCAUUGAUUUCUGAGUUCCUUAAAAAUGGCGGUUUCUUACUUGAAUGAAAUUCAUAAAAUCCCUCACCUAAUGUAAGGUCUUCUCUGUUUUCAUCCUUUCCUUGUAACCAGUUCAUAAAAACUACUGCGCAUUCUGUCACCCUGAUAGCAGCAUACUUUGCUUAGAAGUGAAAAGUGAAGUCAUUUUUUCCUAUCAAGAAUAUUCCCUCGUCAUAACAUAUGUUGGCGUUUAGGCGUUUGACCUUUAGCUGUUUGUGAAAAAUAGUUUUGUUUGAUGUUCGCCUAAGGUUACUAUAGUUGAACUAAUUCUCUCUUUCUGUCUACAAAUUGAUCAACAGGCAGCUGCUGAUGGAUUGUGGGAUAGGAGUUAGCUCCUCAUCCUCAGGCUCCAGUGAUCUGUCUUCAGACCCUGUAGUGUCCCAACACCGGGUGCUGUUGUUCUGUCAGUUAAAGAGCAUGUUAGACAUCGUUGAAAAUGAUCUUCUUAAGUAAGAGCAACAGUUUUUUUUUGUUUAACUUGUUUUUUUUCGCCAUGCUGAUUGAUAUUGCUGCAGUCGUCUUUGGUUUGUCCAUUUGACAAUUAACCAGAACAAGACUCUAUGUGUACUUGUUCGUGGGUAGUACCUCGCCGCUACGUCUCAUGUUGUCGCUGUGGUGAUCGAAUACGUUUAAAACAGUUUAUAUUUGUACGACGUGUUGCAAGGACAAAGUAUCAUUUUAUCAAACCCUCUUCAUUUAAUACGAAGUGAAUUGUCGGAGUGGCUGGUAAAUCUUCUCAUUAAUAUUCAGCCUUUGGGGGUGGAAAGAUGUAAAGGUUUGAAACUUAGCCUGCUUCUUAUAUUCAGUUUGCUUUAUUCACGCAGAAAACAUAUGCCUACAGUGACAUACCUCAGACUAGAUGGAAGUACGCCUGCGGGCUCGCGUCACUCGCUCGUACAAAGGUGAGAGUUCUUUUAUUUGAGAUUUUUCGGUUCCGGUUAUUGGCCAUGGUCCAAUAUCUCGCGGAACAAAGGGAGGAAACGAUGGUCUGGUAUCCAAACAAUAUUACAAGACAACCUACGACAUAUAACCUAUACACACAAUUCCCGUAUUCGGUGCACGCCUUCCCCUAGAUAUCGUCUCGACAUUAGCAUACGUAAUUAAUCGUCACAACUAUAUGACAAGUACAUGACAUUUUCACAAGUAUGCCAUACCUAGACUGCUAUGCUACAGAUGGCUUCUCCACGAACAAAUCAUUGCCAGGUUUCUGUGAUGCACCCUGAAUGGGCCGACUGGUAACGAUUUUCUGCUUUUAACGCAUUUUUGGGAUAAUAAACGCGACGUUUAACAGAUUUUCUGUUACUUAGAGACUUAUUUUAUCCUCAGAUUUAACAACGAUCCUUCAAUUGACAUUCUAUUGUUGACGACACAUGUUGGAGGACUGGGAUUGAAUUUGACUGGUGCCGAUACGGUCAUCUUUGUGGAGCACGACUGGAACCCAAUGAAGGACCUACAAGUACGUAACCAACAACCUUUUGAACCUGUUCCCUCCCCCCUGUAUAUUCCGAUUUUCACCAACUUUGCUCAAGUUUUGUUUUUGGUAGAUGCGAUCAGUUGCCUUUUCUUGAUUGCUUCGAUCAUCUUUCUAGGCCAUGGACCGAGCUCAUCGUAUUGGACAGAAGAAGGUUGUAAACGUGUACAGAUUGAUUACACGGGGAACACUCGAGGAAAAGAUUAUGGGGUAGGUUUUAAAGCAGCACUAUUUGAAUCAUACAGCACAGUGCAAAUAGUUUUUUUUUACGUUACACUCUCGACGAGAAGCCUCCUUCUUUAAGCCAUUUAGAUAUCCUGAGAUAGGACUAACAUUAACGCUCGUUAAGUUUUUUCCGAAAGCGGGUGACGCUUGAAAAGUUAGCUUCUCAAACGUUUUUCCACUCUUUUUUUUUAAUGUAAGUGUCUCACUUGCCCAUUGACGCAGCGGUAAAAAGGAAUAACGCUUAAUACACAAUUAUUCCACGAGCGCCCGUUGGAUAUGAGAUGACGGGCCUCGUCGGCGAUAAUCAUCUCAUAUCUAACAAGAGCGAGUAGAUUGACCGUUUUAUCAAAAAUGGCUUAAACUAUAAAUAAAUAUUCCCAACUUCAUUUUGUAAGAAAAACGGAAUGUUACAAUGUAUAAAAACACUUCCGAUUUAACUCGUCUUCAUGCGCGCGCGUGAUGACUCAUAACUCAUGAUGGCUAAGCCAAUGAAAACUCUUAAAUUGCAUUAUCCAGUGAUCCAGUUUUUAUUAACAACUUGUCGUCAGCUUUCCAAUUUCCCCAAGGUGGAUAGAACAGUCAACACCUCUUUGGCGUCUUCCUUUGUUCUCAAACUUAUGAAAGACAUUCUCAUUGUCCGCUCGUUUCUAAACCUAAUUGUCAAGUGACAACAUACUAUACACUUAGAUAUUUUAUAAAUUGAGUCUUCAAUUCGGACAUUUUUGUUCUGUUAGACUCCAGAAGUUUAAACUGAACAUCGCCAACACAGUGAUCUCGCAAGACAACUCAAGCCUAUUGACCAUGGAUACUGGACAACUCCUGGAUCUCUUUUCAGUCGACCAAGAAAAGAAGAGAGAAAAACCAAGCGCACAACAGUCGAAUGCAACUGGGAAGACUUCGCUCAAAACUAUGAUUGAAAAUUUGGGAGAACUAUGGGACGAGGAACAGUAUGAAACAGAAUACAAUUUAGACAACUUCAUUGGUUCGCUGAAGUAAAAAAUAGUAUGCGUCAUUUUGGGAUAGAUGAUUGUCAGUUUAACAACCUGGCCUUAUGUCUGUGUUGGUAGAGGCGAAGUUGUUCUGGUCAUUGAAGUUUACCUUGGAGCAGCCAUAAAGAUUCAAAAAGGAGAACCGAGGUUAAUCAUAAGGUUAAACACCUUCUUGGGUAGUUGCCCCACAUUUUGCGAAAGGAAGCUGGAAAUUCAAGCAUUGCUCAGGAAGUUUCUUCAACAGUUUAUGAAGUGACAAAGAAAACAAGUAAGGAAACAGACAACCAAAACAAAUCUUGAUUUGACAUUUUCAAAUUAAAAUGCCUCAGAAAAUUGACGAUGAUGUAAACAUUUUGUAAGUAAUAGGCUGGAUUUCAUAAAGUUAGCUCGCGUUUGCAUAUUAUUAAAAUAACAAGAACACAUUCAGAGUAAUUUGAACGCAGCUAGCGUAUAUUCGGGCAUUGGACGUCGCGCCCCAGGAAAAACACUUUCCUUUGUUUGUGAUUCAGAUCAAAUUCCCGCUUACGAAACGAAACAUUUUUGGUGAUGUCAGUUAGGCAUGUGGUGGAAUAAAGGUUUUCACUUUGUUAUAGUUGGAUUGUUUUGUUCCUUUUUUCCGUUAUGUCAAAGCUAGGAGAGGGAGAGGACUGUUGAUGGUUUUUAUCAAUAGACCGGUCAUCACAGUUCUCCUGAACAGUGAACAAAAUCAAGAACUUCUUUUUUGUGAUAAGUACCCGAAGUA